AUCAAGAAGACUGGAUCCAAAAGAUCAACUGGUGGGACAGAGAUCGCCUUCCCCAACUCUUAAACAGGCCGCUUAUAGCAGCGAAAGUGCGAGAGAGUUGAGGACUCAUGGACAGGCCAGCCAACAGGCAGAUGGACCCAGAAGGACGCUCCAGGUGGAGAGCAGAAUGCAGAGAUCAGGACGGUCUCCCUCUGUGUCACCGGAUCGAGGCAGCACCCCUACGUCGCCUUAUUCUGUCCCCCAGAUUGCACCCCUCCCGAGCAGCACCCUCUGUCCUAUAUGCAAGACAACCGAUCUCACUUCUUCUCCCAACCAGCCAAACUUCAACACCUGUACUCAGUGUCACAACAAAGUCUGCAACCAGUGUGGAUUCAACCCCAACCCCCAUCUCACCGAGGUGAAGGAGUGGUUAUGUUUGAAUUGCCAGAUGCAGAGAGCGUUGGGAAUGGACAUGACUACGGCGCCCCGCUCCAAAAGCCAACAGCAGUUGUACUCCCCUGUUCUUUCUCCAUCCCACUCCCCAGCCAAACAGCCCCAACCUCAGCCCCAGGUGAAGAUUGAACCCGAGAAAGCAGCAGGAACUAUGCAGCCAGCUGUUCGGCAGGGGAUCGGGGUACUCCCGCCUGAGGCGCCCAAGCCCCAUGCAGCUCCAGUGCAGAGAGAACCCCACAGCCAAGGCCCACCCAGACCUUCUGCGUCUCAGGAAGCCAUGAGGUCCUCCCCUCAGCAUCUGCAAGCAAAGCCUUCCUCUGACGAGCAGAGAAAAACUGUAGGAGAUUCUCCGGCAAAAAGUUCGGCGCCACCGCCUAGUGGUGGGGUACAGGAGCCACCCCAAGAGGGACUCACUGGGAAGCUCUUUGGGUUUGGGGCAUCUCUUCUGACCCAGGCCAGCACGUUGAUGUCGGUCCAGCCAGAAGCCACCCCCCAAAGCCAGCAGUCCCCUGGCAAAGUGCCUCCAAAAAUUGUCUUCAGUGAUGCCAGCAAAGAAGCCGGCCCCAAGGUAGCUGGAGCUGGACCUGGAGCAGGGGUUGGACCUAGAGCUGGGCCUGGAGCUGGACCGAGAGCACGGCCUGGACCUGGGCCUGGAGCUGGACCGAGAGCAGGGCCUGGAACUGGGCCUGGGGCUGGACCGAGAGCUGGACCUGGACCUGGGCCUGGAGCUGGCCCAAGAGCUGGGCCUGGACCUGGACCUGGACCUAGGCCUGGACCUGGGCCUGGACCUGGGCCGGGAACUGGACCUGGGCCAAGAGCUGGACCUGGACCUGGACCGAGAGCUGGGCCUGGACCAGGACCUGGACCGAGAGCUGGUCCUGGACCAGGACCUGGACCCAGAGCUGGACCUGGAGCUGGUCCUGGACCUGGAACUGGACCCGGACCCGGACCUGGACCCGGACCGAAGGCUGGACCUGGACCUGGAACCGGGCCUGGAACCGGACAGAGGGCUGGGCCUGCAGCUGGACCGAAAGCCGCACCUGGAGCUGGGCCAGGAGUUGGACAGAGGGCAGGGCCUGGACCUGGAGCUGGACCUGGAGCUGGGCCUGGAGCAGGGGGUCAAGGGAGAGCUGGAGGAGCACAGGCUCCAAAACAAGGAAAAACAGACCUUCAAGCAAUCACCAAGCCAGUCACCAAGCCAAAGGAAGCACCACAAGAGAAGGUCACCUGUCCACUGUGUAAAGCAGAGCUCAACGUGGGCUCCAAGGAACCCUCCAACCACAACACCUGCACCACCUGUAAGCAACAGGUCUGCAAUAUGUGUGGGUUCAACCCAACUCCUCACCUGGUGGAGAAAAACGAGUGGCUCUGCUUGAACUGCCAAACGAAGAGGUUGCUAGAAGGAAGCCUGGGAGACCCUGCUCCCAUGCCACUGCCUACCCCAAAGCAUCAGCCAACGGGGUCUCCACGACACCAAGCAGGGUUGGCCAGUCAGCAACCGAGAGGGCCACCCGUCCCGGGUCAGCAAGCGGGACCUCCGCCAGACAGUCAGAUCUCCCAAACCAAACAUCUCAGGGCUUCAGAACAAAGCAAGUUCCAGGCAACCCCCCAGGAGAAAAAACCCAUCGCUCCAGCUGAAGAAAAACAAGUGCCGAAGCCACCUGCAGAGUCUCCAAAGCUUUCUGAUCUUCCGAAGGCAAAGAGUCUGGCAAGUAAACCCGAAACGGCCAUCAAAGAAAGCAAGACAGUCACAGAGGUUCAAAAAGUGAGAGACCAGGAGGACACAACCAAGCCUUAUCCCCAUGACCUGUCCCGGAGCCCGCAAAGCCUGAGCGACACUGGCUAUUCGUCAGACGGGAUAUCCAGCUCCCAGAGCGAGAUCACCGGCCUCGUGCAACAGGAGGAGGAACAACUGAACGGGGCCGGGGUGGUGAAGCAGAGCCCGCCGAGUCCUUCGGAACUCACCAAACUGGAAAGCAGCAUGCGCCCGCUCCUGGAGCCAAAGGGAGCUCCUCCGGCCCCGGGGGAGCGGGGGAAGACGGUCCAGGAGCUACGAGAAGAACAGAGGCAGAGGCAGAGACCCCGAUCCCUCUCCAUAACCCCCGAGGCCUUCGACUCUGAUGAAGAAUUGGAAGACAUCAUGGAAGAGGACGAAGACUCUGCCGAGUGGGAGAACCAGAGAGACCCAAGAGACACUGCCGAGUCGUCAGACGACUUUGGCAGCCAGUUGCGUCACGAUUACGUGGAAGACAGCAGUGAGGGAGGGCUCUCCCCACUCCCAACCAGGCAACCAGCCAGAGAACCCGCGGUGGUCACAGAUGAGGAAUUUAUGAGGCGGCAACUUAUGGAGAUGAGUGCCGAAGAGGAUAAUCUUGAGGACGAUGAAGAUGCGAAGUACGAUCGGGCCAAAUACAGUGCGGUGAAAAGCAGCCCCAAGCCAGACCCAGAGAAAGGCAAAGAGCCCAGCGCCCCAAAGAGGAGAUUGCCUCACAACGCCACCACCGGCUACGAAGAGGAGAGGAAGGACAUGGCAGCCGUCGAGCCCGACGACGUGACGGCCUCGCAGGGCGGGCUGCGCCGCUUCAAGACCAUUGAGUUGAACAGCACCGACGGUUACAGCCGAGAGAUGGAGAUGAGCCAGGAGACCGACAUCAGCUUGGACAGGGAACCAGAACUGGAGAUGGAGAGCUUGACGGGCUCCCCCGAAGAAAGGUCGAGAGGAGAAUACUCGUCCACCUUGCCUGCCACCACGCCCAGCUACACAUCAGGGACCUCCCCAACGUCCAUUUCCUCCCUAGAAGAAGACAGCGAUAGUAGCCCCAGUCGCCGGCAAAGGCUGGAGGAGGUCAAACAACAGAGGAAAGCCCGGCAUCGCUCCCACGGGCCUCUGCUCCCGACUAUAGAAGACUCCUCGGAAGAGGAGGAGCUCCGGGAGGAAGAGGAGCUUCUUCGAGAACAGGAAAAGAUGCGCGAGGUGGAGCAGCAGCGCAUCCGCAGCACCGCCCGGAAAACCAAACGGGACAAGGAAGAGCUGCGGGCCCAGAGGAGGAGGGAGCGGUCCAAAACUCCGCCGAGCAACCUCUCCCCCAUCGAGGACGCGUCCCCGACAGAGGAACUGCGGCAGGCCGCCGAGAUGGAAGAGUUGCAUCGGUCCUCCUGCUCGGAGUAUUCCCCCUCUAUUGAUUCGGAAGCCGAAGGAUUCGAUGUGAUAGCCUCCAAGCUGUACAAGUCUGGGAGCGAAUAUAACCUGCCCACGUUUAUGUCCCUCUACUCGCCGACGGAGAAGACAUCCAGCAGCUCAAGUUACCCCUCCAGCAAGCCUCUGAAAAGCGCCGAAGAAGCCUACGAGGAGAUGAUGAGGAAGGCUGAAAUGAUGCAGAAACAGCAAGGCCAACAGUCGCAACAGAACGUGGCCUACAGCGGCAGCUACCAGCAGGCGGGCUAUCGGAGCUCCAAUCUGGGUCCAAGUAGUUUUGAAUACCAGUAUAUAGACGAGUAUGAGUACGAGAGUGGCCCGGUGGGGUCGUCUCAGCCUGGGUAUCAGAACGAGCUAGCUAAGCCGGGAGCCGUGUACGAGGAGAUCCUUCAGACCUCGCAGAGUAUUUCCCGAAUGCAUCAGACUUCUUCACGCGAUCUGGCUUUCCAAGAGGAACAGAAGAAGAAAGGGAGGGAAGAGACCUAUCAGGAGAAACAGUUUCUGAAUGCAGAGAGCGCUUACGCCGAGCUGAUGAAGCAGAACGGCGGCCCGCUGACUCCCGGCACCAGCCCCACCCAGCUGGCGGCUCCCGUGUCCUUCUCGUCUUCGGACGGCGGGGGAGGCCGAGUCAUUCCCGACGUCCGAGUCACCCAGCAUUUUGCAAAAGACGUUCAAGAGCAGCUCAAGCUUCACGGCUCGCCCGUCUCCCCGGUCUCUGUUUCCAAGGGGGUGACCGCCCCUUACACGUACAGCCAGGGGCCCGGCGCGGUCACCACCCUGGUUGCCAGCCCGGCAAGCAUCCCGCGGAUUUACAGCUCUCCACCUUCGCUGAGCGACGCGGACGGGUCAGCUCUGACCUCCGCCAGCAGAACGCUGGGCCAGGCUCAGAUCCCCGCGGGUUACGGCUCCCAGACCGAAGAGCCGCCCAAACCCAAGAGCGCUGCGGACGUCGGUGGGACGUCGGCAAGAGAGAAGCUUCAGAGCCUGGGUGACGCCAAGUCCGGCGUUCCCGUGUCCCCCAAAGGCUACCCGUACUUCAAAAGCUCAAGCCCUCCUCUUUCCCCUACUUCUCCCACCGAAAGUCCCCCUCAUUCCGCCGUGAGGAUCGGCCCAGGGCCGGGCCUCAGGUCCACUGUCGAAUUCUCCACUCAAACUCAAAGCCCGAUGCUUUCCGUCGAUGCCCCCGUUGGCCCGGGCAGCUCAACCGCAUCUCCUAUGGUAGCUCAGGGGACCCAGACCCCCCACCGCUCCAGUUCUCCUCGACUCACAAGGCAGCAGUCCUCACAGGACUCGCCCUUUAUGGUCAUCACGUUAGCGUCGGAUGCGGCUAGCCAAACCAAGAUGGUCAACGCCAGUUCUUCCACCUCCCCGGCCUCGUCUCCGACCGGACUCCCACCGACGAUCCACGGCUACAGUCAGACGGUGUUGAAUGCAGCGCAGAUGCAACAGGAGCCGCUGCAGCCCGGCUUCCCCAGGGCCCAAGGCGUGUUAGAGAGGACCCCCGUUUCCAGUAGCGUGGUUCACGUGAACGCGGCGAAAAUCCACGCGGCUCCUGCCGUCGACGGUGCUGCGGGGAUGUACGGCUGGGCUUCGCUGCCCCCCGAGAAUAUCUCCCUGUGUAGGAUAUCGUCCGUUCCUGGGACGUCCCGGGUGGAACCGGGACCCAAACUGCCAAGCAGCACUGCCGUAGACCUCCGGACCGCUAUCAAGUCGGCCCCGAUCAUUAUAACGGACCAAGGCGUGGACCUGACCUCCCUCGCCACCGAGGCCAGGAAGUACUGCCUCACCCUGGAUCAGGCCUCUAGUCGGCAGUCAACCACCGUCCAACCUCUAAUCAUCAACCUCAACGCCCAAGAACACCCCCAUGCCUUCCUCGGCUCAUCCACCACCGUCAGCAUCACCGUUGCCUCGUCCAUGCUCGUGUCGCAGCCCAAGCUGCCUGUGGUCUACGGGGAUCCUUUCCAGAACAGGAUCGACUUCGGGCAAGGGACGGGCAGCCCGGUAUGCCUGACGCAGAUCAAGCAGGUGGAACAGGCGGUGCAGACCGGCCCCUACAGGGGAAGCGCGCCCGGCAUCUCUCCGCCCCGCGGAAAGCCCGAAGACGCCGGCGGCCCCCAGCCGACCAAAUUUGCGCGCUACAACUUGCCCAAUCAGAUGGCGCCCGGGAUCAAAAAGGAGGUGCUGCUCACCCAGCCGGGCCCCGCCCAGAACGUUGGCCUCAAGCAGUUCCCCCAGGAUCCGGGGCCGGACGCGUUCAGGGCCACUCCGGCGGAGCCCAAGGCCCCCAGUCUGCCCGUGAACCUCGGGGGGAAGAAACCCCACGUCAUGAUGGUGCAGGUGGAUGACCUGGCGGCGAAUCCAGUCACCAAGCUGGUCAAAGAAGAGCCGGCCCCCGGUGCCCUGGACCUGACCGGGAUCAAGUCCGAAAGCCAGGUGGCCUGCUGCGACGUGGUCUACAAAUUCCCCUUUGGCAGUAGCUGCACCGGGACUUUCAACCCUCCCCCGAAGAUUCCUGCGAAAGGCGCCGCGGAGCCCGCCCAGCCGAGCAAAGCUGGCGUCCCGUACUAUGGGACCCGAGACCCGGAGCUCCCGGAGCCCUAUCCCUACAGAGAGCAAGCUUUCGGGAGCCAGGGUCUGUACGAGGAGCCGAAAUACUACCCCCCGAACCUUGUGGGUAGGCUCUACUCGUCCAUGUCUGACACCAACCUAGCAGAAGCUGGCUUGAAUUAUUAUCCCAGUAAAAGCGAGCCCCUCUUCCAGUCCCCCGGAGGCGACGCCGCCAUGGACCUGACGACCAUGAAGCAUUCGUACAGCAUCAGCUUCACCGAGGGGGGCUACCUGGGGCACGGCAUGCAGUACGGUUCUUUCACCGACCUCAGACAGCCCUCGGACCUGUUAAGUCACCCCCUGCCCAUGAGGAGGUACAGCUCCACGUCCAACAUCUACUCGGAUUACCGGUACUCCCCCCGAGGAGAGCUGUCAGGGUUCCAGGAGUCCAGCCUGGCUCAGUACAGUGCUACGACCGCCCGGGAGAUCAGCCGGAUGUGCGCGGCCCUCAACUCUAUGGAUCAGUACGGAGGCAGGCACACCAACAGCCCCGACCUCCUGCAGUACGGUCCCGGCGCUGGACCGGGGGGCCUCCCCGCUCAGCAGGGGCUCGCCGCCGGCAAACCCAACGUGAUGUACAACCCCAACUUCCCCGAAGGCCGCCAGAGCUACGGAAACCUGGCGCAGUACAGUCUCCCGGGGGGACGGCUGGGGACCGUCAGGCAGAUGUUCCCUUCGACCGCCACGGUCCGAGCUGCGGAUGGGAUGAUUUACUCAACCAUCAAUACCCCCAUCGCGUCCACUCUUCCCAUCACCACCCAGCCGGCGUCGGUGAUGCGGCCCAUGCUCCGAGGCCUGUACAGGCCCUACGCCCCGGGCAGCAUCGCAGCGGUGCCUCUGGCCAGCCUGACCAGAGUACCUCUGGUGGCUCCCAGGGUUCCGCUCGCCCCUCAAGGGGUGUACCGCUAUUCUCCGCCUAGCAGGUUCGCGGCGGUCACGACGACCCAGGUGAUGGAGACGCCGAUGUACCUGGGGAAACCCGUGGGCACCGCGGCGGCCAGCACGGCCGGAACGGGCGGGGGCCCCGGCCCAGCCGGCAAGCCUCCAGCCCUACCCGCGGGGAGCCUGCAGAGGCCGGAGCAGCCCGGCGGGGGCUCGCGGGAGGAGCCGACCCCGCUGGCUCCCGGGGGGCAGGGCGUCCCCAAGGAGGCCGGGCCACCUCAGCCGCUCCUGCCCGGCCAGAAGCAGCCGGGCGAGGGCCCCGCGGCCAAAGGGACUGCCGAGAAGGAGGAGAAGGACAAGGAAGAGGAACGCCAGAGAAAGCAGCAGGAGCACAUCCUGCAGAUUGAGAGGGAGAGGGUGGAGCUGGAGAAGCUGAGGCAGCUGAGGCUCCACGAAGAGCUGGAGAGGGAGCGGGUGGAGCUGCAGCGCCACCGGGAGAAGGAGCAGAUGUUGGUCCAGAGGGAGAUCCAGGAGCUGCAGUCCAUCAAGCACCAGGUCCUGCAGCAGCAGCAGGAGGAGCGCCAGGCCCAGUUUGCCUUACAAAGGGAGCAGCUGGCCCAGCAGCGCCUGCAGCUGGAGCAGAUUCAGCAGCUCCAGCAGCAGCUGCAGCAGCAGCUGGAAGAGCAGAAGAGGCAGAAGACCGCCUUCCCCCCCGGCUGCGAUCCCGCGGGCAGGAUCCCUCCCCAGGCGGUGACGGAGAUGGCCAUGGAAAUGCAGAGGACCCUGGCCCAAAACGGCCAGUACUGGCCCCCCGGGAGCCAGGCGUUCAUGGCAGCAGCAGCCGCGGGCCAGGAGGCGGCAGCCCCGGCCCGGUACCCCGGCGCCCAGAGGCCGCUCACCAACUCGGCCUCGGAAAUGUCCCUUCAAACCGAAGAGCACUGGGAAGCCAACAGGGGGAUAAAGAAGAGACACUCGAUGCCCCGCCUCAGGGAUGCUUACGAGGCGGAGGAAGGGCACGAGCCCUACGUCGUCAAGAAGAUCGCCGACAGCAGCGUGCAGACCGACGAGGAGGAUGGGGAAGAGCGCUACUUCAUGUCGCGGAGGCGCCGGGCCCGGCGGAGCACCGACUGCAGCGUCCAGACGGACGACGAGGACAACGCCGAGUGGGAGCAGCCCGUGCGUCGACGUCGCUCGCGGUUCUCCCGCCACUCGGACUCGGGUUCCGACAGCAAGCACGACGCCUCGAAAGGCAUGUCCAGCGUCGGCAUCCAGACCAUCAGCGACUGCUCUGUGCAGACCGAGCCCGACCAGCUGCUCCGGGUCUCCCCCUCCAUUCACAUCACCACCCCGGACCCGCGGGUGGAGAUCGUCAAGUACAUAUCGGCUCCGGAAAAGACCCAGCGAGGGGAGAGCCUCGCCUGCCAGACCGAGCCCGAAGCCCAGGCCCAGGGAAUCGUCGUCCCUCAGCUCACUGUGCCCACCACAAUCACCCCUUAUACGUCCAACAUCCAGAUCGUAACCACGGGGCCCUUAGACCCCAACGGCGGGAGACAGCAAGGCUUAGGGAAAAAGAAACCGGAUCCUCUGGAAAUUGGUUACCAGUCCCACUUGCCGACUGAUUCUCUUUCCCAGCUGGUGACCCGGCAGCCACCGAAAUCCCCCCAAGUCCUCUACUCGCCCGUCUCUCCCCUGUCCCCACACAGGCUCCUGGAAUCUUCCUUCACUUCCAGCGAGAGGCUGAACAAGGCCCACGUGACUCCGCAGAAGCAUUUCACCGCGGACGCCGCUCAGCGCCAGCAGACCCUACCUCGUCCGAUGAAAACCAUGCAGAGGUCGCUGUCUGACCCCAAGCCCAUCAGCCCGACCUCAGAGGAUUCAGCUAAAGAGAGAUUCUCCCUCUACCAGCACCAGUUGCUCCAAGGCAGCCAGAUUUCUACUUUGCAGUCUAACACCCUCGUCCGGAAGGUAAAGCGAACCCUGCCCAGCCCCCCUCCCGAAGAACCUCACCUUCCUCUUCCCAGCCAGGCCCAUUCCCAGAUGUACUUGCCAAGCCUCAUCCAGAAGGGAAUAGGAGUGCCGACUAUUCAGGUGACCAAGGCCAGUCUUCUCAAGGAGCUGGAUCGGGACCUGAAGCUAGUGGAGCACGAGUCCACCAAGCUACGCAAGAAGCAGGCCGAGCUGGAUGAAGAAGAGAAGGAAAUUGAUGCCAAGUUGAAGUAUCUGGAAUUGGGGAUCACCCAAAGGAAAGAAUCUCUGCUCAAAGACAGAGGAACCCGCGAUUACCCCUAUUUGAGAUGCCUCGGAGAGAAUCGGGAUUACAUGUCUGAUAGCGAACUCAACAAUUUGCGCCUUUCCAACUACGAGAGCGGCAGCCUCCUCACGAGACCGAGUACUGCCCCAGCAAACCAAUAUUCUGACUUUUCAGCCACUCAGUAUACGUCGGCCUCUUCCUAUACGCCAUAUCAGUACCCUCCUGGGCAGGCGGCUCCCCCGGGCACUGCCCCUUUCCAAGCCAACCGUUUCCAGGCUCCCCAGUACCCCGUUGCCAGCACCGGGCCAGCUCAGAAUGGCUUCCAGGCCAACCAUGGGCCUACCUAUCCCGCCCAGGGUACAUACCAAGCUCACGGCUUCCCUCAGAGCGCAGGAUUCCAGUCGGAACUUGGCAUGCAGAGCCAUCAGGGAUUUCGGCCUUCCAAUCACUACCAACCCCAGACGACAUAUCCAAACCAAAUUCCUGGCCCGCCGGCUCAGAACGCUCUCUUUCCAGCCCAGGAUGACAGUCAUACUUCCCAUCAGAAACCAAGGCAGACGUCCUUAGCGGACUUAGAGCAGAAGGUCCCUACCAAUUAUGAAGUGAUUGCCAAUCCCACCGUGGUGAUUUCCUCAGCGACUUCAGAGCCCGCAUACAGUACUCCUCCUGCGGCGACCAGCAGCUAUGACCAGUAUAAGGCAUCAGACUCGAGGCCAGGCGACAGGAGCGGCGUGAGCCAGGGUCCCUCGGCCGGCUAUUCUUCGGAAUCGCUCUAUACCAAUCUGGAGCAGAAUAUUCCCCGCAACUACGUGAUGAUCGAGGACAUCAGCGAGCUGACAAAGGAGAGCUCCGGAACAGAGAGCCAGAAGCCGGAGCCGCAGUCGCAAAGCGGCAGUGGCCGUCACAGCAAGGAGAAGGCUGACCUGAUGGACCCGGAGGGGUUGAGCAUGCCCUGCUGCUACUCCAAAGGAGAAGAAGAAUCCGAAGAAGACCUCUAUGACCACCACGGCUCCGACCAUCGAGGGAAGGGCAGCUACCACCGGGGCUCGGAAAGCAACGGGAGGAUGUCCGGGAGCGGUGGAGGAAGCGCUUAUUACUACGGGGAGAAUGAGUACAGGCACGCCCCUAGGGCCGAGAAACACGGGUCAGUCAUGGGAGCGCAGAAGCAUCCAUCUAAAAACCUGGCCCCGGCUGUGGUAUCGUCAAAGCGCAGCAAACACAGGAAGCAGGGCAUGGAGCAGAAAAUCUCCAAGUUCUCUCCCAUAGAAGAAGCUAAAGAUGUCGAGUCCGAUCUGGCUUCUUAUCCCACCACGACCGCGGUCAGCGGCAGCGUGUCCUCCAGGGGAAAGAAGUUUCAAGAUGAGAUCACCUACGGCCUCAAGAAAAAUGUGUAUGAGCAGCAGAAGUACUACGGGGUUGGGUCCGGCAGGGAUAUGGAGGAAGAUGACAGAGCGUACAGCAGCAGCAGCAGCAGGUCCAGGUUGUCCUCCGGUUAUGGCGGAGACAAGUCAUCGAGCCAUGACGUGAGCAGUCGAAGCAAGUCCUAUGAAAGGGAGAGAGAGAGGGAGAGGGACAGGGACAGGGACAGGGACAGGGACAGGGAGAGCAUGGAGAGAUCUCAGAAAGUGAGCUCAAAGCCUUCUUCCCUGAGCAUGUCUCAAAGCCGGGGCCGCCCCCCGAUUCGCACGCAAGCCUCUGAGGAGGAAAGCCCCAUCAGUCCUUUAGGAAGGUCAGUGGGUGUUUCCCGUUCUUCAGGGGGACCCCUCCCUCAGAGUACCGGGGAGAGCUGUUCGCAGUUCUGCUCCAGCCACUCGCUGCCUGACGUUCAAGAACACAUAAAAGAUGUGCCAAGGAACCAUUCUUAUAAACACGAAGAAGGUUACAUCAUGGAUGAUUCACACUGUGUGGUUUCAGACAGCGAAGCUUAUCAUUUGGGUCAGGAGGAGACAGAUUGGUUUGAUAAACCGCGGGAAGCUCGUUCGGAGAGGUUAAGGCACCACGGCGGCCACUCCUCUUCGGCCCAGAAACGGCCCCCGGUCAAACACACCUACCACGAUUACGACGAACCUCCGGAAGAGGAUAUGUGGCAGCAUGACGACGGCCCUCAGGCGCGUCAUCCUUCUUCCAAAGAACACAGGCACCACGGGGACUAUGGCAGACACUCCUCAGCGCCCCCCUCUUCCCGCCACCCGAGCGAAGAGCCGCCCCGGAGGUCAUCGAAGCAAUACCCCCGAGAUCAGGGGCGCCACGAGCCCCGCCCACACUCGCAACCAACUUCUCAGAAGAAGGCCCAACCGGGGGACCCGAGGGCACAGCCCGGUUAUCCCUCCGGCGCCUCGGAGUACGCUCCGCAAUCCCGCCAUCCGUCCGCUUACCACCAUUCCUCAGAGUCCAAGAAACCACCGAGGCAAAUGCCGCAGGGGGCCCCGGCUCAACAGCAAAAGCAAGAGCCCCCGCCCCAUCACCCACAGCAGCAGCAAGCGAGGCAGCAGCAGCCAGGGCCGCAGCAGCCGCCACAACAGCAGCAGCAGUUAGCCAGACCACAGCAGCAGACGGCAAGGCAGCAGCAGCAGCAGACCGGCCACGGCCAGCAACCGCUUCAGCAGCAGCAGCAGCAGCAGCCGCAGCAGCCGCAGCAGCCGCCAUCCCAAGCUAGGACCCAGCAGCAGGUGCUGCAGGGGCAGCCAUCUUCACGGACGCAGCAGCCACAGGCCGGCCAGACCCAGCAGACGGGGAAACCGCAACCGAGCCACCAUCCUCAAGCGGGGGCUCCGCAAACAGGACCGCCCAAAGCCGAGCAAACGGAGAGCUCCAAACCAACAGCAAAAGUGCCACAGCAGGGGAGACCGCCCCAGAUGCAACCCCAGGGACCUGCAGGAACAGGCAUAAAAGUGGGUCAGAAGCCUGGAGGCGUUCCACCAGCUUCUGGAGCCCCCACCGGCCAGCCCGGAGUUGACGGAGAGAGUGUGUUCUCCAAGAUACUUCCUGGAGGAGCAGCAGAGCAAGCAGGCAAACUGACUGAAGCUGUGUCUGCUUUUGGCAAGAAAUUUUCCUCGUUCUGGUGAACCAGCUCCACAGAGAGUUUGGGAAGUGCACGGAAAUAGAGUCACUGACAUGGAAAAACCUAUGAAGAAUUUAAUAAGAUUCAACCCGCAGCUUAAGACUCUGGGUAUAACACAUUUGAAAUCACGGAAAAUCCUAGGCUGUUCCUAUGAUUAAAGACCCAAACGCAGGACCUAGUGUGACAGUGACAGUGGGCUUUUGUCAGCUGGACUCACCAGAGUGAGGUAUCUGUCUGGAAGAUCCAAACCCAAAUCUCCCUCCGAAGCUUUGAAUUGAUCCCCAGAGACAGCUUCCGAAAUGACCCCUUCUCCUCUGGGAUGUGCCGUGGCUGGAGCGAGCCAUCCUCCAAGGCAGUCACACUGUGAGACUUGGCUUUAGGAAAAUUUGCGGAGCGGGGGGUCCCGUUUGAGACUGUAAAACAGCUUGGGUUUUUCCUCUGCCAUUGGAGAAGACUCCUUGAACCUCCAAAGACAGCUUCCCCGCCGAGGGCUCCUUCAUGCUGAGGAGAGCCUGAAGCUUAGGGGUUAUACACAGAGUUACAGUGCAGACUGACCGAAUCUUCACUCAUCAAUCUUCAUAGGUUUUUUCCGCACUCUUGGAGACGGGUUUGAAGUCGAGGGCUGGGAGCCGAGUGCUCCGUUUUCCUUCACAUUCCAGUCUGCCCCAUCGAUCCCUCCACAUGCACGGUGUUCUUCUACUCUUACCGUCUCAGCGAUGGACACGUGGUCCAAAGAGCGAUCUGUGGGAUUAUAAGAGAACUUAAAAAACUAGGACCUAACACUGUUUCGUUACUGAAAUAAGAGGCCAUAGGACUCUGAAAGGCAGCACCUAAACUGGCUGACUUGUAUAGAAACAAAUGCUGGCCAGGCGUGUCUGUCAGCCAUCCCGAGGCCAUCACUAAGCCAUUGUAAAGCAUUCGAGUGGCAGAGCUCGCCACAGUUACCUUCUUGUGUUCCGUAUGCCUGGGGGUUUAUUUUGGUUUCAAGACUAGCCUUAACCAUUCCAGUUUUAUUUACGUGUAUACCUCAUAAACAUUUUUCUUUUAUUUCUUCUUUUUAUUUGAUGUUGAACUCUUUCCUCUUUGCUUUGUAACUGGUUAUCACGGGAUGUUGUCUGUCAAAGCAAUAGAGUGCAGUAGGCUUUAAAGAGCACAAUUCAGUGUGACAAGAUCAGGAGAGUUCACCUCUGCCAUUCUCCUUCCUUUUACUGUGCAAUUCAAGUCCUUCCUAAGCCAUUUCCAGUGGGCAUGCUCAGACCAAAAAAAUAAGAUAAAAUCAAAUAAGAUGAAACAGAUGUUGUUUAACCUGCCAACGUGGGGUUCCUAAAAACCAUGAUGCGGUAGAGCAAAAGGAAACCCGAGGCAGCAGCUUGUUAUCCUGAAGAAACUGAGCAAGGUUAACACGUACAACUUUCACGUGGGCGGUUACGUCUCCUGCCAGCCUCUUUCAUGCUGAGCAUGCUCAAAACAACAGUUCAGUGGUCGAAUCCAUCGGCGCUUCCUUUCAUCCUGGGUAACAGCAAACAAGUCUCAUUUCUAAUGUUCUAUGCAAUGGAAUACAAAAAUUGAAAAAAAAAACAAACUGUUAAUAUUUAAUAAAUUCAAUGUUAUGUAUAAGGAUUUAAUUGCAAAUGUGCUAUUGAGAAACUGGAUAGAUAUAUUUAUAUCUAACAACUGUGUGUUUGAAGUUUCAAUUAGUGGCAUGUUCGAUCCAUUUUGAGGGACACUUUGCCAAAGGGUAGCCAUGUAGCCUGUAACUGUCUCCUGUCCUGUAGUAGAGCAUGGCUUGCUACCUCUUUGCACGGUUUCAUCUACUUUAAAUGCUUGCGGUUCUUUGCUCGGAGUUCUUUUCUCAUCAGUUCCUCAUCUUUACUGAAUGCUUUUAGCAGAUUUAUGCACUUGUUAUUGAAGAACUGUCAGCAACAACCGAUAUUAGAGGCGUUACCCUAGAGAAAGACCCCCCCCCCCCCUUCCCCCGCCCCACCAAAUGUUCCCAGUGGACGGUGACUCUCUGGCAGAAAGCUCUCUUCUCUCAGGUGAUCACUAGUUCCUUCACGGAGUGUGCAGUGCAGAAUUCCCCCAGCCACCUCAGACUGCUCCCCUCCGAUUGUGCUUGACGUCCCCCUCUCUCCCCUACAGGAGCAAAAACUACACGUCAAACCUCCCCCGCCCCCCACCGACUCCCCCUGACCCCCCACCCCGGCCCCCAAACCAACCAAACCAACAAACCCAUCCCUGCCGAGAAGCUGGAGUGAGUCUGGCAAUGGAGGUGACCCGAUUCAGAAAAUGGUUUGAGCAUUUCUGGAAACUUACUGUAGAAUUGCUAUUAGCUAAACCAAGUUCAUCCUUCCUCUCUCGGCCCUAGACCCAAGACUCCGCUGCUAACUCAAGAACCGUUCUCUGUGAGUCGGAGCAGUCCCGGAGCAGUCCUGCCUGCUGGUUUCAGUGGUGUUCGGGGUUCACGGGGGCUUGGCAGACCAGACCGUGGGUCAUUCCUAGAGCAGUCGAUGCUCUGGAAGAUGAGGUGUGUACGGGCUCCUCAGUCCACCCCUCCCUCCCCAAGCUGAAGAGUUGGGGACUCAGUGUUAGAUUCCUUCUCCGUUGAUUGGCAAAAAUGAGACCUCUUACGAGAUGUUCAUGUCUUGCCCAUACUUGGGGCUUUGAAAUCAUCUUUUAAAGCCUUAGGGCUUUAAAAGGAGGAAGAUUGGAAGGGGACCCGAAGAAGAACUUGGGUUAUGAAGUCCAGUGUUGGGUGCCGAACUUUAGAGUCGGAAAAUGAAUGGACAAGAAGAUAAGCCACCGUGUCUGAAAUUGGCCGGGGAGGCUUCUGGGCGGGCGAGCCCCUUGAGCUGCGGUAGCCAGGGCAAGAGCCCUCUGCCAGCCCGUGCCCCUUUUUCAGGAGCCAUCGCCUUCAGCCAGGCCUGUGAAGUCACCCGGAGCCCCAGGCAGAUCAGAUGAGCCGAAUCAAUGGCCGGUUUUCCUCCGAAAUCUUUCGGUUUGAACCAAAUUCUUACGAAUUCUUAUUUGAACGACAAUUCUUAACGCUUUCCGGCAAUGCCCAAACCUUCACCGGUGACACGUUUCCAGCCUCUCCAAGGCUAGAGCUUCUGGGCACGGAAUGGGUCCCUGAGGGUAUUCGGCCGUAUGUUCAUCCUGGGCAGAGACUGAUGGAUCCCUGUAGCCUCCCCGCUCACGUGAGGAUCUGAGCGCCAGGCAGUGGGAGCUUCAAGCCUCCGGGGGUCCUAUCAGACCCAUCCGCUUGCAUUCUGGUUCCUCAGUUCUGAAUCGGAAGACGAGAACUGGGCUGGCCCAGUUCUGGCUCAGGACGAAACAAGCGGCAAAUGCAUCAGCUUAUUCUGUUUGCCGCGCUGCAGAUUGGGGUGGAGGGGGAGGCGGGGAAUGGACGGGCCUUCCCAUUGCCUUAUGUGGGCCCAGACCAGCGGGGCUUUGGGGCCUGGGAUCCUGGAAGGAAUUUGGGCCAGAGUAUCAAGACUGGGAGAGGGACACAUAGGAUACGAUCCCUACAUCCCGCAGGCGAGCCACGUCGGACGGAUGGGGACGAGAUGAGCUCGCCAUCGAAAGUCGGUGAUCUGGCGGCCCGUUUCCAGUGGCUUGCCGGUCUCCGUCUAGUGGGCCGGGAUCAUCUAGUGCCCCAUCUAGUGGGGCAGCUUUAGCCUUCAUUUUUGAUAACGGGUCCCCCGCGGCGACCAAAGCCACAGAGACUUCACCUCCCUCCGCCCCCUCGGCGAUCAGCGCUCCAGAGGCAGGAUGGAGGUCCGGAGUCCGGGGGAGCUGUAGGACAGGGGGAAGCGCAGGCCGGUGAUGCAUCAGAGAAGGUCCUGCCCGUUCAAGUGCCAGUCAGGGUCUGAGAUUUCACCACGACGAAACUCACGUUUUAGGACAGUCUGCGAGCCUGUGACAUACUGACGUACAUUCACACUCCAUGGCGAAACUUAACGAUUCUAAGAACAAUACCUUGUACGGAAAUAGCACCCCUCUUCUUAAGUAGCUCAGUUCACUGUGUACACGAUCUCACGCACACGCUCUCCUCUUUAAAACCGCUAGGGGAUCCGCUGAUUCUCCCUGGCUUAACCGAUGGGGAAACUGAUGUGAAGAGAGACUCGGUGACUUGCCCCGGGUCACGGAGCGAGAACAAGCAGCAGAACUGGGUAGAGGGAUCCUUUCUUGGCGAAGCCUCAGCAUAGAAAAGGGCUCUUCCCCCUCCAUUUUUCGCUUCUGUGUCGAGCUUGGAUUGUGUGCAUAGUCAGUUGCUGCCAGAAAACCCUCCGCUUCAUGUCGUCCCUCACCCCAGCUGGAGCCUUAUGGCAGACUCUCUGGGAACAGACCGAUACGGGAGUUUACCCAUUCUACGGAAAGGGCUGAGAGAGAAAAAUCAGCCCAAUGGGAACAGCAGCACUAGUAGGACUAUGGCUAGCAUCUGAAACCACCCCACUGCAGGGAGCCAAUAGCGCACCGGGAUGUUGACCAGAGCUGUAAAGGGGCAGGCCCGGUUGGUGCCUGAGCUUUGGUCACCCGUGGCGAGAGAGCCAGGGGACCAAACCCUGGGGGCGUCGCCGAGAAAGAAGGGCUCAGUCGGUACUUGGGAUCUGCCUUGAAAGUGAGAGGCGGCCCUACCGCUGGGGGCCUCCGCCCUCCCACCCCCUUUAUCACACACGCUCUCUUUCUACGGAGGGCCCGCCCCGGCUACCGGUGAGGAAUCGGCACCCGCUCUACCCCCUCCCGCCCUCUGGCAGUAUUAUAAGAAUAAGAGGGAAAACGAGCCGAGUGAGCUCUGUUAAGCGCUCACUCUGCGGCGGGCACCGUACUGAGCGCUGGGGCAGCUGUAGGACCGCCUCCAAAGGCAAGCUUCUCCCCGGGUAGACGGUGUAGCCCGCCCCCUGCCCAGAGGCCUCUGGCUACGGCUCCCGGUUGACUGCUCUCGGCCGACCGGACCGAAGCUCUCGUUUCCCUUCCCGGGCCCCGGUGAGCGGGAGGCCCACUGAGGAAAAACUAGAUAAACACGGACUCGAUAUUGAACUUUAUGUAUCGACCACUGCCUUUGGGCGGUAGGCGUGGGGUUCCUUGGGGAUUUUCACCACAGAGAGCUGAGAAAUCAGGGGCGCUCAGAGAGGACUAAGUUUCUGUUCUCUCGCAAGCCAGCGGGGUGUGUCCAGCGGCAGCGCCCUCUAUUUCAGCAGCCACAGUCCUUCCCAGGGAGUCACUGAAAUGACAAGUGCAGAGUCCGAUGGAUACCCCAGGGCCCCGUCCCCUGCAAGUCGUUUCGGCCGGGGCUGCUACGACCCCCGCCCCCUCCAUUCCCUGCAUUGUAAAUACUUGUACAGUGUGUAAAUCUUAACGUGGUAACGAGAACAGAUCUGAAUAACAGCAACUAGUGUUGGGGAUUUCAUCUCACGUACCAGCACACCUGCCAACUCGUGCUUUUGUGUUCCAAAACAAAGAAAAAAAAAAAUCUUAUAAAAUGCCUUGUGUUUGUGGCUGGCUAAUUUAGACCGUGGGGUUUAAACAAACAUCUCUUCUGAAGUGUAGCAGUCUGUAGAGUUGUUGUGGAUUUCCUAUCCCCUUUUGCCUGGCGGCUUCCAUGUAUUUUUUGGGUUUUUUGGUUGUUUGAUAUUUACUUUUGGAGGGGGAGGGGUAUUGUAUAAAGUCCAACAAACAAGUUUACAGUUGUAAGUGCAAUGACCUAAAUCCUAUAUAUGAACAUUGUAAAUUGUGUGUAUGUCCUGCUGUGCUCUGUGAGAACUUGUAGUAUUUCAAUGUACCACCUCAUGUAUUGUGACUCAGUAUGAGAAGUUGCCCCUACAAGGUAUUUCUGUGAUAACAGAAUAAAAGGACUUGAUAUAAGGUA